AUGGCGGGUCGAGAAGCUCUGGUGUGGAUCGAUUGUGAGAUGACGGGGCUGGACGUCGACCGCGAAGAGAUCAUUGAAAUCUUCUGCAUCAUCACCACCGGCACGCUGGAUGUGGUCGACAAGGAUGGUUGGGGAACGGUGGUGCACCAAUCCAAGGAGCGCAUGGACAUGAUGGACGAGUGGUGCACCCGGACACACGAGAAGAGCGGGUUGACGGCGGCCGUGCUGGCGUCGAAGGUGACCCACGAGCAGGCGGCUGACGAGCUUCUCGCCUACAUCAAGAAGCACAUCCCGGAACGAGGCGCCAUCCUUGCUGGGAACAGCGUGCACGCGGAUCGCGCGUUUCUCCGGAAAGAACCCUACAAGAAGGUGGUUGACUAUCUGCAUCACCGAAUCCUGGAUGUGAGCUCCAUCAAGGAGGCGGCACGUCGGUGGUGUCCGAAGAAGAUUAUCCAUAAUGCGCCGCAUAAGCAGGGUCUUCAUCAAGCCAAAGAGGAUAUCCUCGAAAGCAUCGCUGAGGCGCGAUACUACAAGGAGGUCAUCUUCCCUGCCGACGAUUAG